UCGACAAAAAUACGGACGUGGGGAGAGAACCGACGCGUUCAGAAGUUGAGGGCAUUCCAACAUGGCGUCCAUGCAGAAAAGGUUGCAGAAGGAACUGUUGGCUUUGCGGAGUGAUCCUCCUCCUGGAAUGACACUGAAUGAAAGAAGUGUUCAGAAUACAAUCACAGAGUGGUUUAUAGAUAUGGAGGGUGCUCCUGGAACUCUGUACGAGGGCGAGAAGUUCCAGCUCUUCUUCAAGUUCGGCAGCCGAUACCCGUUCGACUCUCCUCAGGUCAUGUUUAUUGGUGAGAACAUUCCGGUUCAUCCGCACAUCUACAGCAACGGACACAUCUGUCUGUCUAUUUUAACAGAGGACUGGAGUCCGGCUCUGACCGUCCAGUCUGUGUGUCUCAGCAUCAUCAGCAUGCUGUCCAGCUGCAAAGAGAAGCGACAUCCACCUGAUAACUUGUUCUACGUACGAACGUGUAACAAAAACCCAAAGAAGACGAAGUGGUGGUAUCACGAUGAUGCGUGUUAGUAGUGCUGGGACGUUUAUCGUACUCCAGUUGAAAACGGACUCACUGAUGGUACACCUGCACUUUUUUGGAUCUUCGAUCUCGGGACUGAGCGGACCUCUCUGGAGAACCGGCGUAUCGGGAGCGUUACACUUCAGCAGGCUGAAAAAACCCUGACGAACCUCCAGGACUGUGAAACUCCAUGUGUGCAGACUGAGGAGCGAGGGUGAUGUGUGUAAGCAGAGGGAUCAGUGCUGGAUCACGUUUUCCCUUUUUUCCACCGACAGUGUGGAGCCGAUGCUGGUUCUGGGAACCGUUAGACUUUUUAAAUACGUGGCCUGUGAGUCCGCUGGUUCUGGGUUAAAUUUAUUGUGUGAGUUUAGUAAUGAACAGCCUUUAGAGAGAAAGUUUGGCUUUGGAAGCCGUUUUAUCUCUCAGUUGUCCAUCUGCAGGACAAAAGCGUCACGUUGAGCUCAUCGUCCCGAACCUGUAACUGUGUUUCAGCCAGAGGUGCAGAUCCGAUGUCAGGAUUGGGGGGGACACAAACGUGAUUUUUUUUUUUUUUGCCCGUAUGCAACUCAUACCAUGCAACCAUAAAUCACAACUUCGUAGAGGCUCGCCACAUCAUUCAAGAAGUACUGCACAGGGAAUCAUUUGUCUGAAAAUACAUUUGUUUGUACAGUUUUUAAUAAUUUAGGGGAUUUUUACUGGGGGGGACAAUUCAUGUUUUUCAGAAAUUGGGGGGGGGGUCAUGUCGUCCCCCCCGGGAUCUGCACCCAUGGUUUCAGCAACACGGCGUCUCUACACUUCGUUCCUCAGAUCAGCAGUUCACGGUUAUUUAUUCUUUAAUAAACUCGAUGUGGUGUGUGAAAUGUCGUCACGCCUGAGGACAUUUUGACAAUAACAUGAUCAUCAUCCUCACAAAUGUAUCUGUGGUAAGCGAGUGUUAACAAACUUUUAAAAGUUAUGGCCUUUAAAAGAUAAAUUAUUUUACUUGCGUAUCAACGUCAGCCUCCGUUUAGCUUCCUGUUACGGAACAAAAUAAAACAGAUCGAGUUCCUCGUAUCAUCUUCAUGGCAAUGAAUGACCACGCCCACAAGCCCAGUUUGUCUUCUUUGUGAAUGAAAUCACAUUUGCCAGCGAAGAUGGAGCUGAGAAACGGUUUCCGAAUAAGCUCCGCCCCCAGGACUGGCACCAUCACACGAUAUCAGAGUGGGCAAGCAGGAGAUUUUUCUUUUCUUUUUUUUUUUUAACCGAGCCUUUUCAGGUUGAUGUUUGGUGUAAUAACGAUGUAAGCAUGAUGAAGGUUUGUGUAAUCAGUCAGUCCCGGUGCAGAAAUGAAAACGUUUUAGAUCAGGAGAUAAAAAUGACUCGCUUUGGGGGGGAAAAAAUUCUGAUUUGAUUCUUCUCAUUCUGAUUGCAGGCGAUUUGGUGGAGAGUUUUAGUGUCUCACUUUUGUGUGUUUUGUUUAUUAAUUAAUUAAUUUAUUCUGGUGUGACUCCGCCCCCAAUAGGCCCACCUCCAGCUGUUUUUUGGUGACGCAGACGACCCGUGAAGCUCCGGUGGAGAACGUAAAGUAAAACUCCACCCUGAAGCACAUGACAUGUUUAUAUGGAAGUGUUUGUGACUGGUUUUGGUGAUUCUGGUGCUGAUUUGUUACUGGAUGCUGUAAGUUAGUGGUUUUGCGUUGCUCUGGUGUAGCAGAUGGACACCGUUAAUACUAGCAGAGUUAGAGUGGUGUUUAACAAACCUCACUCAGUUUUCCAGUAACAUCAUAUACAUGAGAAAUCCAUUAGUAGUGGAGGAAGAUGCUGUUGGAGCAAAUACCGCGUCCCAGAAUGCAGUACAACUACACAAGUCAGCUCGGCUAGUUAGCGAUGUCCGAGACGACGCGGUAUUAGCAUGAAGGAUGAAUCUUUGGAAGCUGAUCUGUUUGAGUAAAGUGUAUAGAUGACGAGGUGAUGGAGCUGCACAGACUAAAGGAUUAAAGCGCCGCUGCAUCGCUGUCUGUAGGCGGAGAUGAUGCAAUGGAUAAAUCCCUUCACUGCUCCUGUUACUUCAUCAGACAGCGUUGCGGAUAACGUAGGGAAAUGGAGCAAUGUGUCCAUGAGAGAAGCUUAACCCAAAAACUGCAGUAUAAUGAAUCUUUUGCAUCGUGUUAAUGAUAAAUAUCGACGUGUACAUUGUUCAGGGUGGAUUUUUCCCUUAAGAAGCUAAAAUAAGGAAGCAAGUAUGUAUGUUUCAGCUAAUUGUUUACAUUUGUUAGAAAGUGGAUGUUUUUCAUUAGCCUUCCUCUUUAACGUGCCCUGUAGAGGCGCCUCUGUUCUGUUUACUGAGUUAGUGUAGAAAUUUCGUUUUACUCACCUGAAACUGGGCGUGUUCAGAAGAUCUCAUAAAUCAACUAACAUGUGCACCAGGUACUUACACAAGAGAGAGAGAUCUAUAGGACACAGUAUUACUUUCAAAUUACCAUCAUUACCCCUUAUAACCUAAUCAGACGGAGCACAUAAACACGAACAGCUUUUCUUUUUUUUUUUAAAUAUCAGAAACGUUUAUUUUGAAGUUUAUAGAAGCUGCAUCAAAGGCAAUUUGUGUGAUUUUUAGAAGUUCAAUGUUUCCUUGUUCCUAAUCAUGAGGACUGCAGGACUCAUAGCGACACUCAAGGCCACUUAAACACGCUCUUCAUGGUUUUUAAAGAAGAGCUGGGGGGUUUUUUUGAGGUAAAAUGAAGAAAACCACUUGAUCCGUCUGUUCUGCUGUUCCGUCAGGUUGUGUACGCACUCGAGGUUUUUCACAUGUAGUGGGCGAAUGCUCUGAGGGAUUGCAGUGCUGGGUUCUGAAGGCUGUUUGUAUUCCUUGUUUGCGGUAGUUAAUCUGUGGUAUUUAAAGCCCUGGCUGAAGACUGAUGACUGGAUUGGAUCAGAGUUCAGUCAUGGAGCCAGUGAACUGUGUGUUCUGAUUUCAGCAGGGUUUAUGGGCUUGGGCUUUAAGGUUUAGUAACUUUUUUUUUUUUUUUUUAAUUUAAUCAUGUGUGAUGGUUUGAUUGUUUUUUGUUAUUUAACAUUUAUUUAAACAAUGUUUGAAUUUAAAAAAUAUAUUUUGACUGAC